UUUAAGCACGUUUUAACUAAUUUUAACAAACGGUGCUAUUAAGCAGUGAUUAAGAGUGAUAACUCCUCAGUUACAACCAUUUUUAUUGGAGAUUACAACGCAAAGAGAAGCACUAGUUUUCCUCUGCAGCGGAGUGAUAUGCUGCUGUAGGUGUUCCCAGUCGUCUCCAGGGUCUGGAGGACAGUGCAUGGGGAAGACGGAGGGACACAUCGGGAGAAGAAAAUCCAGCGCUUCAAUGAAAAGUAGCAACUGGAGCUCAAACGUUAGCAGGAACGAUCAGUAGCACGGGAUUUAUACAAAAGAAAGUUGACCAAUCAGAGCUUUUGAGUGACGAAGUCGACCUAAAGAGGAGCUGUUGCUGAAGAAUGUUCACUUCCUCAUAAGACGUGUGUCAGAUUUGUACCGGUGAGAGCGGCUGCAGGAUUAAGAUCUCAGCUCCUGCAGCCUACACCCCCUCCCUCCCUGACUCCCAUCAGUGGUGGUGACCCUACCCUGAACAGCUUGCUGGAGGGUCCUUCCUGACCAGCAGCAGCUGCGUCCUGCUAGCUGACUCCCGUUCCUCCCUUGUUUCCUGUCCUUGGUCAGACAAGGCUAAAGCCUCCUCCGCUCACCCCACCCCUCAUCUCUGUUUGCUUCUCAUACACGCUUCACACCCUUGAGCUGCCUGAUUUGCUGCUCACACAUUCAGAUUCCUAUAGUGUCAGCAAGUGACUUUUAAACACUUUGGAAGACCCCAGCUGACCCAUUUGUCACGGAGUUCCUCCCUUGCAACAUGACCUCCAUGUCGAGUCUCUUCUCCUUCACAAGUCCAGCUGUCAAACGCCUGCUCGGUUGGAAGCAAGGAGAUGAGGAGGAGAAAUGGGCAGAAAAGGCCGUGGAUGCGCUGGUGAAGAAGCUAAAGAAAAAGAAAGGGGCCAUGGAGGACCUGGAGAAAGCCCUGAGCUGCCCCGGACAGCCCAGCAAGUGCGUCACCAUUCCCAGAUCCCUAGACGGUCGGCUACAGGUUUCCCACAGGAAAGGUCUGCCACACGUUAUCUACUGCAGAGUGUGGCGCUGGCCUGACCUUCAGUCCCACCACGAGCUCAAACCUUUGGAGGUGUGCGAGUACCCCUUUGGCUCCAAGCAGAAGGAGGUCUGCAUCAACCCAUAUCACUACAAGAGAGUGGAGAGCCCUGUGCUCCCUCCGGUGUUGGUCCCGCGGCACAGCGAGUUCAACCCACAGCACAGCUUGCUCGUUCAGUUUCGCAACCUGACUCAUAAUGAGGCACAAAUGCCCCUGAACGCCACCUUCCCAGAGUCCUUCCAGCAACCCCACAGUGGUGGUGGCAGCAGCAGCGGAGGAGGUGGAGGCGGCAGCGGCGGCGGCACGUUUCCCAUUUCUCCCAACUCUCCGUAUCCUUCUUCUCCAGCCAGCAGCGGUACUUAUCCAAACUCUCCUGCCAGCUCGGGGCCCUCCAGUCCAUUCCAGCUCCCAGCUGACACCCCACCCCCGGCCUACAUGCCCCCUGAUGAGCAGCUGGGCCAGGAGAGCCAGUCCAUGGACACAAGCAGCAGCUUGGUGUCACAAGGCAUACCGAGAGAUGUGCAUCCAGUGGAGUACGAGGAGCCAAGCUACUGGUGCUCCAUCGUCUACUAUGAACUUAACAACCGUGUUGGAGAGGCCUACCAUGCCUCGUCAACCAGCGUGCUUGUGGAUGGCUUCACUGACCCUUCAAACAACAAAAACCGCUUCUGCCUCGGUCUGCUGUCCAACGUCAACCGCAAUUCAACCAUCGAGAACACCCGUAGGCACAUUGGCAAAGGGGUGCACCUGUACUACGUGGGAGGAGAGGUUUAUGCAGAAUGCCUCAGUGACACCAGCAUCUUUGUCCAGAGUCGUAAUUGUAAUUACCACCACGGCUUCCAUCCCACCACCGUGUGCAAGAUCCCCAGUGGAUGCAGUCUGAAGAUCUUUAAUAACCAGGAGUUUGCUCAGCUUCUGGCCCAGUCCGUGAAUCAUGGCUUUGAGGCCGUUUAUGAGCUCACUAAGAUGUGCACCAUUAGGAUGAGCUUCGUCAAGGGCUGGGGAGCGGAGUAUCACCGACAGGAUGUGACCAGCACCCCCUGCUGGAUUGAGAUCCACCUUCAUGGACCUCUCCAAUGGCUCGAUAAAGUGCUGACACAGAUGGGCUCACCUCUCAACCCGAUCUCCUCCGUGUCCUAAUAAAGGACUUCCGGGAGAUUUGAUGGCCUUUUUACUUUCCCCCCCCCCCCCCCCCAUUUUUAACAUUUUUCCCCUGCAAGGAUUUAUAAUUUAAUGCUGUCUUAAUGUUGGAACUGUUUACACUUUCUUUGGGAUGGGACAUUAACCUCUGCCAGAAUCCAGUCUCCAUUUCAGGAGAAAACCUGGACACCCAAGUAGCGUUACAAACAUGGACACGCACGUGACUGCUCCACGAUGCUUUCUGUCAGAAUGAACGAGAGACUUUCUUGUCAAGCCUGACUCUGUCAAAUGUAAAUUUUUCCAUCUAGUUUCAUUGUUUUUGACAAAUGAUUUUAUUUCUUUAUGUGUAGUUUCUAAUGAGGCAGAACUGUUUCACUCCUCAGCCCGGUGUGUGCCAGACAGUUGCAGAAUCGUUGGACACUUUUCUUCCAAUCAGUUAUUUCAUUCAUUUAUGUUUAGGCUCAGAUAUAACAAGUGCUUUUUAUAGUCUCUACUUCUAGAAACAAACACUGAGCUACUGCUUUUAACAAACUUCUGUAAGCCAAUAUGAAAGUUUUUUGAUAUGGGAGAUCACUGAGCAAGUUUAACACGCUAAAAGCUAACAACGCUAUGAUUGUUACACCUGUUGCCAUAGAAAUAGUCAUCUUGUAAUCAGAAAACACCAACCAUCCUUAGAGAUUCUUGUUUGUGCUUUUGAGUUCAAAUAAGCCUGGCUGUAUUUUCAAGACUCACUGGUUUAACAAGAAUGUGCACUUGUUUUUUUUUUUUUUUUUUUUUUUGGUUUUUUUGUUUGUUUUGUUUUGUGGAAGCAGAACAUUUUCGAUUGGGUACCAAGUCAUUUUGUUAAUUAGCUCAAUGAAAUAAACAGGUUAUUUGUUAACAGUU